GGCUCGGGUUGGCCCCGGCUCCCGGCCGGAUCCCGCUCAAACCUGUAGCGCCAAGACUGGGGCAUGGAGGUCGUGCUGGGGCAGGUGGAGCAGCUGUCGGCACUCCUGAUUGUGUCCCGCUCCGCGUUGGUGCGGGACUGGGACUCCCUCACCCUGGACAGGGCUCUAGAGUGGGCCCGGUAUUUCCAACACCUCUAUGAUCGGUUCCGUGCCCGGCCCGAGCUCCGGGAGGCCCUCGGGCGGCGGCUGCGCCGGGCUCAGCCGUACCCUCUGCUCGGCUUCCCUACACUGGGCCGCUGCCCACAGCUGGUGGGGCUGGCGCUGCUGGAGAACCGCGCUUUGCCGCCUGCUGCCUGCCGCAGCCUGCUCCGCAGCCUUCUGCAGCCUCCCGGCGCGGGGACCGGCCCCGAGCCCCGCGGCCUGGCGCUGCUCGCCCGCCGCAAGGCCGCGGCCUGUCUGCUGGCGCUGCCCCGCCGCCCGCCGCGGUGUCCCCCCGGGCAAGAGCCGCAGCUGCAGGCGGAGGCGCAGCUGCUGCUGAACCGGCUGCGGGAGGAGGGGCAGGAGGUCGGGGAGGCCGCGGGGCAGCUGCGUUGGUUGUGCGGUGUUCUGGAGCAGCUCCCCCAGCCCCGCGCCUUUGAGGUCGUGGCGGCGGCGCUGGCUCUGCUGAAGCAGGGGAGCGGCGCUGAGCAGGCCGGAGACAGGGAUCGAGAUGAGACCAGCCUAGACGGGUACCAGGCGAAUGCUGCAGAAGACGGAUGCACCGCCGGGCUCCUGCUUUCCUGGCUGCUGGGCAACCAGGAGAGAUUUUCUGCCUUCUGCCUUUGCCUCCCAUGUUCCCUUCUUGCCUUUCUAGCUGGUCACUAUUCUCAGUUAAGCAGAUCUUAUUUGGACCUCUUAACCGCCUGGGGAAGCCACUUGCUCUAUGAUCCCUUGCAGGGAAGGUGGAUUAAAAGUUGCUUUGACAAAGCUGAAUUGUCCUGGGAAGAAUUAAGGGAGCGCUUCAGCUGCCUCUGUCAGGGAUCUACACUGCUUAAGGAACAGACCCAAGCUGCUCUGAAACUCCUGAAGACACAAGAUGGAGACUUUAAAGUCUGUGGCCUAAGUGUGUGGAGUGACUUACUGAUGGAAGUAGGCUGCUAAUGCAUGCACACAAAAGCAACAUGAAAACUUACAAAAUGAAGCAAAUCUGGUUAACUUUAUCUGAUGUAAAAGGCAAGACAACUACACCUCACUUUGUUGAAAACAAAAUGUUACUGUAACUGCUGAUCACAAUGGUUCUGACUGCAGCUGGUUCUGAAGUCUUUCAGGAAGGCCUGGUGAUUUCUUGUAAUUGUGCUGUUAUUUCUGGUCAACACAGAAAAUUUCUUCCUUUUCAGUACUUGCUGAUUAGUUAUCUAAUAAAAUGAAGAAAAUCCUUUAUGCUUCAAAUAUGGAGUAGUUUCUGUUUAGAAAGUAUGGCAGUUCAGAUAUGGUUGUGUUAGUAAUUUUUCUAAGUCUCGGAAGCUGAGCAAAAAAGGUUCAAAGGGAGGGUGGAGUUUCAAAUGUGGAAACCCCAGAUUCAGGGUUCAUUUAGUAGUGAUUGUCCUUAUUGGGCUGUCUGCUCUGGUGGCCACUUCCAUGCUUCUAUAGCUCUUGCACAUGACUUAGCCCCAGGCUCAGUGAAGAAAGUGAGAGGAAGCCAACUGGAACAUUUGAAAAGUUCUAAAAUAGAAGUCUUUAUUAGUUGCUAUGUUAUUUGAUAAUACACAGGUAUUUCCUAAGAAAAUGGCAGUAAAUUGUAGGAUGUUCUGUGUGGUUUUCUUCCCAUUUCCAUAAUUUAUUUCAUGAUUCAUUGCUUUGUGAAGCAGAGAAGUGAGUGAACAGCAAAAUUUUUUAUUGUCUGUAUAUAUAAUAUGUAUUAAAUAUUUAUAAAACUUUGUCUAUAUACGUACACAAAAUUUUAUAUAAUUGUAUGUAUAAAAUAUGUGGUAUGUAGUAUAUAUAUUAUUUCCCCUCUUUGUUAUUUUAUGUUUUAUCUGUUUGUGUGAGGAAAACUUGAACAGGGUAGUUUCUACCUUUCCAGUCUCAUUAAAAUUCGUAUUGCAAUGCAGAAGUAAUGUGUAUAUUUAGCUCUGUAAAAUAGUAUUGCCAAAAGUGAGCACUAUAAAAAGAGAAUAGUCAAGGAAGAUGAAGGAAACAUAUAGAACUACUGCAAAAAGAGUUAUUCAUUAAUCUUUUGUGUGGAGGACCUAUCAGAGUUCCUGCAGACCAUAUUCUUACAGUUUCAAGAUCAAUUGAGACAUCUCUUUUGUUGCAAAAGUCCUUUAGAAGGGGUUAGAAGAUUGUUCACUUAAAGCAAACAAGCUAUUAAAUGUAUAAACUGUAUUGGAACUAAUUAGAGUAGUAGUCUGUAUUAUGGCAAGAAAUAGUGUAUAUAACUAUGGCUGAUAAUUCUGUAUGGCACAACUAGAGUGGGAAGAAUCUUGUGCUUUUGAAAUGGAAGCAAUUAGUACAAGGAUUGAAUAUCAUCUGGGAAAAGAAAUGAUGGUUAUUUGAACUUGUAUGGAAGUAAUUAGAGACAUACACAAGUUCUUUUCCUUCCCCUAUUCUAAAACAGAAGAGAUACUUAGGGGUAGCACCAUUAUGUAGUUAGAAGGACAGGCUACUAACCUAUCAAAAAUACAACUAUUUUCUUUGUAUUCCUUACCAUGUCACUUCAGUGAGACAAUGAAAUUUUGGAGAUCUGUGGAUGAACAUAUUCUAAAAGUACAACUGUGGCAGUUGUCUUUCUCUGUCUUAAAUGGAGUUGUUGCCCCUUCUGGAACUUGAGGUCAGUCUUAAAAGACAUCAAUGUCAGUGGACCUCCUGACUGAGUCAGUAUUUCUGUGGUAUCAAAAAAAAAAAAAAAAGAAAUCUGUCUAAAAAUCUGUCUGAAAUCUGUCAGUGUUUAAAACUGCUUAGACGUGUAAAGCAUGAAGUUUGAAUUUAUGUUGUCUAGCCACAGUUCCCUGUGUAAUGUAGUUUUGGCAUUUGGUAUGGAAACUCUGCACUUGAGCUUGCUCUUAAUGCCUUUAACAGGCAUAAGAUUUUUUUGUCUGUUAGAAUACUUUCUGCUAUCAGAGGUUCCUGAUGAAUAAUAUACCCAAACAUACUAGUCAAAGUUAUUUGCUUCUCCCCAGAUAUACAUUAAGGGUGAUUGUCAAAUAUUGCAAUAACCUUACAAAUGCUAUAGUAUCAAACCAAGCCUCAACUAUUAAAACCUACUGUUCCCAGGUACAUCAGUCUCUGGGACAAAUUUCAAUGAGAGUUAAGUCUUAGUUUUGCUUGUCAGGGUAGAUAUGUUUUCUAAUUAUACUCAGAAUGUUCACUAUAAAUUAAGUCUCUUAACUAUUUAUAGAAUAAAUCAGAUCCUUGUAGGGAGUUUCUUCUUGCAUUUGAAGUAUUUGAAGUCUUGCUUUUUGAUAAACAAGCUUUGUGUUGUAAAAUUCAGUUCAUGAAGACAUAUGUCUUCUUUUCAAGUAAUGUUUAUUACACCUUUUUAACUAA